AUGGACGACUGUGACUGUAUCGGAGGGCAGUGGGCGACGGACGACCUGCUAGUCCGCUACCAGUACGUCUCCGAUUUCUUCAUCGCCCUCGCUUACUUCUCCAUCCCGCUCGAAUUAAUCUACUUCGUAAAAAAAUCCGCGGUCUUCCCGUACCGAUGGGUGCUGGUCCAAUUCGGCGCGUUCAUAGUUCUCUGCGGCACCACGCAUCUCAUCAACAUGUGGACCUUUCGCGAACACACGCGAACCGUCGCCUUCGUCAUGACCAUCGCGAAGGUUCUCACCGCCGUGGUGUCGUGCGCGACGGCGCUCAUGCUCGUGCACAUCAUUCCCGACCUUCUCUCCGUGAAAACCCGCGAGCUGUUCUUAAAGAAUAAAGCCGCGGAGCUGGAUCGCGAGAUGGGAUUAAUCCGCACGCAGGAGGAGACGGGGCGGCACGUGCGCAUGCUGACGCACGAGAUCCGGUCGUCGCUGGACCGCCCGACGAUUCUCAACACGACGCUCGUGGAGCUGGGGCGCACGCUGCAGCUCGACGAGUGCGCGCUCUGGAUGCCCGCCAACCUUGCGGGCGAUGAAGACGAGGACGGCGGAGGGUCCCCAUCGGACCUACAGCUCAUUCACACGCUGCAUCAGCCCAAGCCCCCGCCAGUCACCGUCAUGCUCGCACACCCCACAGUGAAGCAGGUCUUCAGCACGAGCCGCGCCGUCGUCAUCUCGCCCAACUCGCCCGUCACCGCCAUCCCGGGCGGCGGUGGGCGGGCGGGCAGCAACCGCUACGUGGCCGGCGACGUCGUCGCGGUGCGCAUCCCGCUCCUCCACGCCAACACGUUCACGGGCGGCGGGGCGGGCGGCGCGGGCGGCAGCGACUGGCAGGACUCGCGGGAGAGGAGCUACGCGCUGCUCGUCCUCAUGCUCCCAGCCGACAGCGCGCGCCGGUGGCACGUACACGAGCUAGAAAUGGUAGAAGUGGUGGCGGAUCAAGUGGCUGUCGCGCUCUCACACGCGGCCAUCCUAGAAGAGUCCAUGCACGCGCGGGAUCUUCUCAUGGAGCAGAACGUGGCUCUCGACCACGCGCGGGCGCAGGCCGAGAAAGCCAUUCGCGCGCGAAACGAUUUCUUAGCCGUUAUGAACCACGAGAUGCGCACGCCCAUGCACGCCAUCAUCGCUCUCUCCACGCUUCUCCAGGAGACAGAACUGACUCCGGAGCAGCGCAGCAUGGUUGACACUGUGCUGAAAUCCAGUAAUCUCCUCGCGACGCUCAUUCACGAUGUGCUAGACCUCUCCCACCUGGAAGACGGCAGCAUGCUGCUUGAUGUCCGCACGUUCAAUCUCCACGGGACCUUCCGGGAGGUGGCCUCGCUGGUGAAACCGGUCGCAUCGGUGAAAAAGCUGGGAGUGACGCUAAGGUUGCAGUCGGACGUGCCGGAGUUUGCGGCCGGGGAUGAGAGGAGGCUGCUGCAGACGGCGCUGAAUGUGGUGGGCAAUGCCGUGAAGUUCACCAGGGACGGCAGCAUCACCAUUACGGUGUGCCUGGAGAGGCCUGAGUUUCAGCGCGACAAGAACUUUCCGAAGUUUGUGCCGGUGGUGGCGCUGGGGGACAAGCACUACUUCAUCCGCGUGCAGGUGAAGGACACGGGAGUGGGGUUGAGGCAGGAGGACCAGAGGAAGCUGUUCAGCAAGUUCGUGCAGGCAGACGCCACCACCACGCGCAACUACGGUGGCACGGGGCUGGGGCUCGCCAUCUGCAAGCGGUGA